AUGCUGAAGCAUUCUGCGCGUCUGGCGACGAACAUCAUCCAACAUUCUGUCAACAAUAAGCACUUCCUUUCUACAACGGCCACUCCAAUCGUGCUGUGCGGUGUGACAAGCACAAUGGGAUCCAGAGUAGCCCCACGGAUGGCGCCGGAAUAUGAGGUCAUCCAAUUUGUCAACUCGGUAGCACGAGCCAAGAGUGAGAUUCUUGCUCUCAAAACCGGCAAAGCUGUUGCACCGGAUCCUGACAAUGUCGGGACUCACAACUUUUCGAAGCCGCCAGAGGCUGUUGUCUUUGGUCGUGGCUUUGAUGACAAGCAAGUAGAGGAGAUCCGGCAAGCGUGUGGCGGUGACACAUCGGAACUGACCUGGAUGAUGGGGAAGAAGGAAGACAGAGAGCAGAUGAAGGCUUCGCCACCUGACUUUAACAAGCCUGGAGCUUCGGAUGCAUAUGCUGAACAGUCCGCUGCCGCUAACAAGGCAGCGCUAGACAAGUUGAAGGCCGAUGGGACUUGGGGCGAUGGCCAGCUGCACUAUUACUAG